AGUAAAAGGUAAAGGCUCGACGCACCAUCAGGAAGUUCACACCUAGAAGUAUUUGGUAACAAAGAAAAUAGUAUAACCACUGGUUUUACAUCUAAGAUUGCAGGGCAACGUUUUUUUUACGUAUUUACUUCCAUCUGAACAGGGAAACAGCCACAUUUGACGCUUUUGUUCUGUACUGUGAUUUAUUGCAGUGUUUCCUGCUCUAUAUUUCAAAGAUGGAUUCAUUUGAUGAUUACAGUAUUAUAACAGAGGAAGAAAUUAAAGAACUUAAAGAAUCCAUAUCCAAUCAAGAUAUUACAUCAGCAACAAAAACAAUCAAAGAAUAUCUCGAACAGCAAGAUCGAGUUGAACUAAAUAUUGCUGUGACAGGAGAGUCUGGUUCUGGAAAAUCCACGUUUGUCAAUGCUUUCAGGGGCUUAGGUGAUGAAGAUGAAGACUCUGCUGAAACCGGUGUAGUGGAAACUACCAUGGAACCUAAAGCUUACCAUCAUCCAAAAUACCAAAAUGUGAAACUAUGGGAUCUUCCUGGAAUUGGAACCCCAAACUUUAAAGCUGAUGAGUACCUUAAACAGGUUCAGUUUGAACGCUAUGAUUUUUUCAUCAUCAUUGCUUCAGAACGCUUCAGAGAAUGCCACAUCCAGCUCGCCAAGGAGAUCAUGAGAAUGGAGAAGAAGUUUUACUUUGUUCGCUCCAAGAUCGAUCAAGACAUUAAUAAUGAAAGACACAAAAGAAACUUUGACCAAAAAAAGAUCCUGGAUCAAAUUCGGGAGAACUGUAUAAAUGGACUAAAAGCAAUAGGAGGGAUGGAUGAUCCUGUUGUAUUCUUGAUCUCUGGCCGUGAGCUUAGCAAGUAUGACUUCAAUCUUCUGCAGGAGCAGAUGGAGAACGAGCUUCCACAGCAUAAGAGACACGUGCUGAUUCUGAGUCUGCCAAACAUCACACUGGAGGUUAAUGAGAAAAAGAAGAAAGCUUUAAAGAAACACAUUGUCAAAGUAGCUUUAGUGUCUGGUGGUGUGGCAGCGGUUCCUGUUCCUGGUCUUUCGAUUGCAGUAGAUUUAGGCAUCCUAGCAUAUGAGAUAAAUAAGUACUGCAGUACCUUUGGUCUGGAUAAGAAAUCUUUGAAGAAGCUCUGUGAACAAUCUGGGCAGAGCCUAAAGACUAUUGAGAGUCUGAUAACCUCAGUUUGGUAUAAAGGAUCUAUUACAGGUAUUGUUUUAUCCCAGCUGCGCGUUGCAGCGCUUUUUGUAACAGGAGAAGUUGCAGAGCGCAUUUUUAGCUAUAUACCAAUAAUAGGCUCUGUGGUGGCGGGGGGAAUCUCCUUUGUUACUGUCUAUUACAUGCUAAACAAAGCACUGAAUAACAUAGCAGAAGAUGCCAGGAAAGUGCUAAUUGCUGCGGUAAAUACUUCAGAGUAGUUACAUAUGUGUUAUAUAAAAGACAAUUAUAUUCCUUGAUUAAGUCUUCUCAUUGUAUUGUGUUUAUUCUUUUAUAGAUUAAGAACAAGGGUAGUUAAAUAUGGUAUUAAUAUUUCUGUUAAAGUGUGUUAACCUUGAUGGUGAAGCCGUGAGGUGCCAAUUUUUUAUCCUCUGAAAACAGAUGUAAUCUGAUUAUUGUUACUAUAUACUGUACAUUUUCUAUAGUGUGUUUGUUCAAAUAAAUGUAUAAAUGGAAUUCAUGUAAAGCUGAUAGAGAGAAAUUGUGUGUGAAAUCACUUUUUUUUAAUAAAACAGAAAACUGAGUAUUGU